AUGGUCCGUUUCACAACCAGACUGGCGCCUGCUGCAGGGCUGGUGGCGCUUCUCAGUUGCCCAACCGUGGCCCAAGCUGCCUCUAGUAAUGUUGUUGUGGACGGCACAAGCUUCGCCCUCAAUGGCGAAAAUGUUUCCUAUCGCUUCCACGUGGACAACAGUACAGGCGACUUGAUAUCCGAUCAUUUCGGAGGUAUUGUAACAGGGGAUAUCCCCGCCGAUAUCGUCUCUUCGAUUAAUGGCUGGGUUGGCGAGCCAGGCCGAGUCCGUCGGGAAUUCCCCGAUCAAGGCCGUGGUGACUUCCGUACCCCCGCGAUCCGUGUUCGGCAAACCGACGGCUACACGGUGUCAGACUUGCAGUACCAAUCUCACACCGUGAUUCAGGGGAAACCAGAAUUGCCGGGCCUACCGGCUACGUUCGGCACUGGAGACGAUGUAACUACAUUGACUGUUCGUCUGUAUGACAACUAUAGCUCUGUGGCUGCCGACCUCUCUUAUUCUAUCUUUUCCAAGUACGACGCCGUUGUGCGAAGUGUCAAUGUCACCAACAUGGGCAAGGGAAAUAUCACCGUCGAGGCGCUUGCCAGUAUGAGUGUGGACUUUCCCUUCGAGGAUCUUGAUAUGAUCACCUUGAGUGGCGACUGGGCGCGAGAGGCCCAUCCCCAGCGAAGAAAGGUCCAGUAUGGCACACAGGGGGUUGGAAGCAGCGCAGGCUACUCUUCGCAUCUCCACAACCCUUUCUUGGCACUGGUGGACCCGGCCACUACGGAAUCCAGUGGUGAAGCAUGGGGCUUUUCGCUUGUCUACACUGGUUCCUUCUCUGUCGAUGUAGAAAAGGGAUCUCAAGGCUUUACCCGUGCUCUUCUUGGAUUGAACCCAAAUCAGCUGUCAUGGUCGCUUGGGCCUGGCGAGUCCCUCACAUCCCCCGAGUGCGUCUCCGUGUACUCAAACAAUGGCAUCGGCGGCAUGUCCCGCAUGUUCCACCGUCUCUAUCGCAAUCAUCUCAUCAAGAGCAAGUUCGCGACAUCGGACCGCCCACCUCUGCUCAACAGCUGGGAAGGUCUUAGCUUUAACUACAACGCUAGCACAAUUGUCGACCUUGCCCAAGAAUCAGCAGACCUUGGCAUCAAACUGUUCGUCCUGGACGAUGGCUGGUUUGGUGUCAAGUAUCCGCGCGACGAUGAUAACGCCGGCCUCGGUGACUGGACCCCUAAUCCCGCCAAGUUCCCCCAUGGUCUCGCCUCUCCCGUAGACCAAAUCACCGGUCUUCAAGCUGCGAAUACAUCGACCGAUCUGCGAUUCGGAAUUUGGGUCGAGCCCGAGAUGGUCAAUCCCAAUUCUACCCUGUAUCACGAGCACCCAGACUGGGCCAUGCACGCUGGAUCUUACCCUCGCACAUUGCAGCGAAACCAACUCGUGCUUAACGUGGCCCUGCCAGAGGUCCAAGAUUUCAUCAUCGAUUUCAUGACGAAACUCCUCAACAGCGCGGACAUCUCCUACAUCAAAUGGGACAAUAACAGAGGAAUUCACGAGAUGCCCUCCCCAUCCACCGACCAUAAGUACAUGCUUGGAAUGUACCGUGUCUUCGAUACCCUGACUACCCGAUUCCCCAAUGUCCUCUGGGAAGGCUGCGGCUCCGGCGGUGGCCGCUUCGAUGCCGGUGUCCUACAAUACUUCCCUCAGAUCUGGGCAUCAGAUGACACCGACGCCAUGGAGCGCAUCACCAUCCAGCUCGGAACGUCUCUUGUCUACCCGCCUAGCGCUAUGGGGGCUCAUCUCUCUGCAGUUCCCAAUCAACAAACUGGGCGCACCCUGCCUAUUUCAUUCCGCGGACACGUGGCUAUGAUGGGUGGUUCAUUUGGACUGGAACUCGACCCAGCCGACAUGCCCGCAGAUGAUAAAGCUGCUCUACCUGGUCUCAUCAAGCUUGCUGAAAAGGUCAACCCGCUUAUUCUGAAAGGGGAUUUGUACCGUCUCAGCCUACCAGAAGACUCAAACUGGCCUGCCGUUCUGUUCAUCUCUGAAAACGGGUCGCAGGCGGUGCUGUUCUACUUCCAGACUGCUCCUCGUAUCAAUAACUCUAUCCCUCGGGUCAGAUUCCAGGGUCUGGAUUCGGCAGCGAUGUAUAAGGUUGAAGGAAAGGGUGUUUAUUCUGGUGCGACUUUGAUGAACAUGGGGCUGCAAUUCCCAUUUGAUACGGAUGUGGGAAGUAUAGUGGUAUUCUUGGAGAAGGAGUGA